UGUCGUACUUCUCACGGCGACAUAAUGAACCCUCCCCUCAAACUGAACAACAGCACUGUACGAAGAGGUCUGUGCAACGCCCAAGCUUCCGCCAUGAAACAAUCACUAUAUUCAAUCUUCUAUAAGAUGACGACUCCGCCCUAAUCCUCAGUCCAGUACCCUUGUUUAGUCAUCUCGAGAUGGGUCUGUUCAACGCCUCCGCAAUCGACUACGCAACCAAAGAAAGCUGGUGCCAGAACCAAAUCGCCGUCUGUGACGACAUCUGCGCAAACGCAACCUACACCGCCCUCUCAAACUCCUGCUACCCCACAUCCCUCGACUACUCCUGCACUUGCUCAAACGGCUUCGCCCCAAACGCAACACUGUACAGCCUCACAAUCCCCUACUUCGAAUGUAUCUACCAAGUCCAAUCGUGCGUCCACGCGUGCCCACAAGCCGACGGGUCAUGUACGGAUCUUUGUUAUAGCGGGAUGCCUUGGUGUGGUGCAGCCGCGCAUAAUGGGAGUGCGUUGGAGGUGGGAGUGCCGAGUAGUAGUGUGGGGACGGAUAGGGUUAGGACGAGCACGAUGCCGAUUACGAGUGGGGAUGCGGGGACGCCGGCGCAGCCUACGGAGAAUUUUAUGUUGAACGGGGCAGUUGGGGGAGGGGUGUUUGAGGGGUGGAUGGCUUUGUCGGUGGUCAUGGCGAUGGUGUUUAGUGCGUUGUUGUUUGUGUGACAUCAGACAAACGCUGUGGCGGGUGUAGCUGCGCCUCUACGAUAGUUGUCUAGGUCGACGUAGCUAGGAGGUCUAUCCUCACGCCCUAAUACUACCACUUACCUAUCCAUUGGUUCCUAGAGAAACAUUGGUGGGAGAAGCUGAGAGUCAGAACACCAGAGCGUCACCAAUCCAGUUUUCGCCUACUUCCGG